AAGAGUUAAUAAUAUUCAAUCUGGGUGAGGAAGAGGGCAGGCAAAAUCUAAGAGCUGCUGCAACAAGAGCACUCUCUGUUCCAUUUUUUAGAAAACAAAUUAAUUUAAAGAAGAAAAAGAAAAGGCUUCUUUGUGUCUCUUUCGCUUUUAUUCUGAUUCUGUGUGGAUCCCUAUAAAAAUAAAUCCAUCUUUCUUAGGAUUCUCUCUCUCUCUCUCUCUCUCUCUCUCUCUCUCUCGUCCUGAAUUGUUAGUCAAAUUCCCAAUCUGAAACGCCGCGGUUUCUCAAUUCGCCCAAAUGAAACUCACCGUUAAAACCCUCAAGGGUUCCCACUUUCAAAUUACUGUUAACCCCAACGAUACGGUUAUGGCUGUGAAGAAAAACAUAGAAGGUAUACAAGGGAAAGACAAUUAUCCAUGCGGCCAACAGCUUUUGAUUCAUAAUGGGAAGGUUUUGAAAGAUGAAACUACUUUAGCUGAUAAUAAAGUCUCCGAGGAUAGUUUUCUUGUCGUCAUGCUUAGCAAGAGCAAGUCCUUGGGUUCAGCUGGGGCAUCAUCUGCUCAGCCUGCUUCUUCAACUCCAUCUACAAUUGCACCUGUCUCUAAUCCUACCCCUACCCCUGAAGCUCCAACACAAGCACCGGCUUCAAUGGGCACCACAUCUGCUUCCGAUGCUGCAACAGCUAAUCCAAAUACCAAUACCUAUAGUCAAGCUGCUUCCAAUUUAGUCGCUGGAAGUAAUCUUGAACAAACUAUCCAACAAUUGAUGGAUAUGGGUGGUGGCAACUGGGACAAAGAAACAGUAACUCAUGCACUUCGGGCUGCUUAUAACAAUCCAGAGAGAGCAGUCGAUUAUCUAUAUUCCGGGAUUCCUGAAUCGGCAGAAGUCGCUGUGCCAGUGGCUCAUUUUUCCACAAACCAAACUACUGAAACUGGUGCAGCUCCUAUUGCUCCUGUUUCAGGGGCUCCUAAUUCAUCUCCUUUGAAUAUGUUUCCUCAGGAAUCACUCUCUGGGGCUGCUGCUGCUGGGCUUGAAUCCUUGGAUUUCCUCAGAAACAACCAACAGUUCCAAGCAUUGCGUUCAAUGGUACAAUCAAACCCGCAAAUUCUACAGCCCAUGCUACAGGAGCUUGGGAAGCAAAACCCCCAGCUUUUAAGACAAAUUCAAGAGCAUCAUGCAGAGUUUCUUCAGCUAAUAAAUGAGCCUCUCGAAGGUUCUGAAGGGGAUGUAUUUGAUCAAGCUGAACAAGAAAUGCCUCAUGCUAUCAGUGUUACACCAGCAGAACAGGAGGCAAUCCAACGACUUGAAGCAAUGGGAUUUGAGAGAGCCCUGGUCAUUGAAGCCUUUCUGGCAUGUGACCGGAACGAGGAAUUGGCAGCAAAUUACUUAUUGGAGAACGCCGGAGAUUUUGAGGAUUGAUUGAUUACCUUAUUUGGUUCAUAGUUUUGGAUGUAUCUGUUAGAUAUGUUUACUUGGGGUAUUACUGUUUGGAACUAAGCAUUGGUAUUAAUUGAGUGCUAUAUAAAAAAUUGUUUAUGAUCCA